CGUGGCACAGGCGGUGUCGCGGCGGUGCCACAUCUCCCUAAUUGACACCGGGGCGCUGGUGCCACAUCUCCCCCACUUGACACGACCGCUGGUGCCAAAGCGCGAGGCGAAGGUGCUAGGUGUCAAGAGCGAGGGAGAGAGGAGGCGGAGGAGGAGGCGUGACACGAAGCCGUGCUCCAAGCCACCCAACACCCGCGGAUCUCCAGUUCGAAAGCGGAAAAGGAUGAACUCGAACUCGGAGGCGAACGCGAUGGACAACAUGGACAUGCAGUACACAUUGAUACGAGAGUUGAAACCUGGGAUGAAGAACCUCAAGCUGUUGUUUAUAGUUUUAGAGAUAGGACGGCCAAAUGUAACCAAAGAGAAUCAUGAAGUACGUUCGUGCAAAGUCGCAGACAAAACUGGUUGCAUUAACAUCUCUGUGUGGGACGAACCCGGACAACUUCUGCAGCCAGGAGACAUUGUCAACUUAUCAAAGGGAUACGUUUCCGUCUUUAAGAACUGUUUAACGUUAUAUGUAGGAAAGGGAGGAGAUCUACAGAAGGUUAGCGAGUUCUGUAUGCAGUUUAGUGAGCAGCCUAACAUGUCAGAACCCAACCCAGAGCUGGUUGCCCCUAACAAGCCACUGGUCGGAGGUGGUGGCAGUGGUAGCACAGGAGGAGGGGGAGGGGGUGGUGGUGGUGACCCUGGAGUGGGUGGGCCAAGAGGACCUGGGUCUCAAGGGGGGUCAGGCCACCAGGGUGGAACUCCCCUUUCCGAAUCCUUGCGGGACCCCAGGCUACAGAAACCGAACACAAAUGGAGGGAACAUGGACCCGAGAGCAGGGAAGGCUGGAAUAGGAAACAUGUCAGCAUCCAAUGGGCACGCACAUCACAAUAGCAGUGGGCGUCAUGGGGGAAACUCUGGGGGCUCCACAACUAGUAAAAAUCGUAAUCAUGUUUCAUCCAAUAGACAGUCUGCCAAGAGGUAAUGAUGCCAGAUGCAUUAGGAUGUUAAAUGUGGAUCUGCAGAAAGUGAGAGUGAUAGAAAGGUAGAAGGAAUAAAAAGAUCAUUAAUAUAAGCAUUGUACAUUUUUUUAACAGAGACAUAAUGUAAAGCAUAAUAUAUUAUUGCAGGCGUUCAUAUCUUGUGAAUUUGAAUGAUAUGAACAUCUCUCCUUUGUAUGUCUGAGUGAAUGUCUGAACACUUUCCGCUCCGUAAUUGACACGGUGCAAAGUAUUGUACUUUAGUGUUUGUACAGUAGUGUUGUGUGGAAGAAGAAGGAGAAGUGGAAAGUCUGAGCAGAAAAGGUGAUAUGCUUCCAAAUAGUACUCUAAAAUCAAGGAUAUGUAUGCGAGUGUUUUCACGUUUACACAGUGCUUUCACCCUUCAUGACAUUUGUGGUUGUUGGUGAUGUAAAAUAUAUAUGAAACCUUGUCCCUGCAUUGGAUUCACAUCUGAGGUCUACAAUACAUAGUGCUCUUUAUGUGUCUUUGGCACAGAGAGAUUAAGAAAUUGUAGGUUGUGCGUAAUGCCAUUUUUUUUUUUUCUUUCUUUUUUUCUUUUUUGUUUUUUAUUAUUAUUAUUUGAAUUUUAUAUUUUACAGUCUUCGGGAUAUUUAAGUAGAAUUUACCUCUGUGCUUGAUGAUUAUAAUAUGAGACCUGAUAUGAAAACCAAGUGAUAUUAUCUUAAUAGUUAAUCCUUUAAGUCAAUGAUUGUGACAUCAAAUGUCUUACAAGUUGUGGCAACAAGUCCUUUUUAACUUAUAAAAUUGUUUAGAAUGGUUGGAACUGCUCUGCCUUUGGUACUUGAUAUUAGUAGCAUAAGUAAUCUUGAAAUUGCAGAUGGUAAUGUUGGUCAUAUUGAUGAUGAUGGUGAAUAUUUCCCUUUUUAAAUAAAGGUUUCAGAUCAAGUUCUUUUAUAGAGUUGUGCUCCUGCCUGUACGUAUAUUAUAUAUAUAUAUAUAUAUAUAUAUAUAUAUAUAUAUAUAUAUAUAUAUAUAUUAUAUAUAUAUAUAUAUAUAUAAGGACAAAAAACAGAGAUCUGGACGAUCAAAACUUAUUAAAAUCUGUCCACACAGGUGGGCAUGAUCAGAGGCCACAAAUAGAGGGUGUACCAGGCAGAGAAACUACUCAGUAAACAAAUAUUUAUUUAUUGAAAAAUUUCUGCUGCAUCAGCAUCUAAGGUCAUUAGCAGCAUAUUUAAAAUAUAGCAAUAAGGUGGGACUUAGGCAUAUAGCCCCAUCCUCCCCCCCCACACACAAGGGAAUGUCUGUUGAUUUCCAGAAUGAUCAAAAUAAACAAAUGUGUCAGACAUCAAAGUCAUAUAGCAUUAUGACAAUGUACUGUGGCAAAAAGGGUAAAAAUGAGUUAAUGAUGAAGAUAAGUGGGCAAAAGAAGGAUUGAAGAGGAGAAGGAAAAGGAAAGAAGAAAAGACCUUGCAAAAUUAGUUGAGGCAAGGACUGGGGUCUAAGGUAGUGAUAAUCCCCUACAUUGAGCCUCAGUCUCCACCUCCUAAGCUGCUGCCAUGGAAACAAUAAGCAAAGGUUUGAGAGUGGCGGUAAUUUAUUUAUUGAAAAAUUUCUUCAGCGUCAACAUCUAAGGUCAUUAGCGGCAUAUACAAAAUAUGCCCCCCCCCCCCCCCAUAGCAACUGUAAGUGGGGGAGGGGGGAGGUAAAAAGUAGUUUCCUUGUUCUUUUCCCCACCUGUGAUAUCUUUACAGUUGCCCACUGAUCAUGCCUGCCUGUGUGGACAGACCUUUUACCCGUCUGUCCAGUAGUUACUUUAUUUAUUCUACUUUAUAAUUAUUAUUAAAGGAACAUUAUGCUGACUUUUAAUCCUGAGAAUCAAUUCCCUUAUUGCUCAUAGGUUUUGGCCUUUUUUUUUUUUUUUUUUCUCUCCAUACCUUUCCAUGAUUAGUUCAUAUUAAAUAAUCAUCUGUCUGACAUUAACCCAAUGCUGACUGGCAUGUACGUUCAUGCCAUGCUCACUGGCAUGUACGUACAUGCCAUGCUCACUGAGUUUACUUUGUUUUCACACAGAUGGCUGCACUUGUACCAAGUCACCAAUGAGACAAUUACAAAUACUGCUCGUC